ACUUUACGCUCUCGACUUAUUUUUCGAACAUACUUGUAGUACUUCGGAGCACGUAAAAACGCUUGCACGAACGAACCUAUUGCACCGGGUCUAAAUAAAAGUUAAAGUAUAACUUCAGCACAGCUGGUAAAAAGUUUAUUCAUCGUUUCGGAAAAUUACGAAGAAAAUAGUGAAAUAAUAUCAAUGGCGGCUACCAGUGGUGUCUCUUUUGUUCUGUCUUCCAUUCUGACUGUCAUACUUUUUUCUGGUAUGCAAAUGUACAAGUGGUGGCUGACAUCGUCUCAGCUGCACACUGUAUUUGGUGGUUACAUUGGUUCUCUACUUUUUGUAUUCUUACUCACUGCAUUGAGUAAUUUAGAGGCUACCGUGUUUGGCAAAUCCUUCCAGUCUAAACUUUUUCCAGAGGUGUUCGUGGCUUUGGUUGUAUCGUUGAUCGCCUCAGGGAUGGUUCAUCGAGUGGCAACAACUACGUGUUUCCUAUUUUCUUUGAUAGGAUUGUAUUAUCUCAAUCGUAUCUCCCAAGAAACUUAUUCAAUGCCUGUAAUAUCAACUAGCAUCCAUUCAAAGAAGAGGAAAUAAUUUAGUCCAUCCUUUGCAAAUAUUCCUUAAUGUUUAAGAGCAAAGUGAUAAGAAGAGAGGCGAUGAGCGGGCAGCGGAAAAUAGGAUCAUCCUCUUAGUUGAGUAGACAAGAGUUAAGUAAGUGGUUAUCCGAUGAAGGAUAAUACGAAAUGGGCGCAUAGUCUAGUACUGA